ACGAUAUUUUUUUAUUUGUUUUUGGAUUUUAUUGAAAUUGAGUUUGAGCGUGAAAAUAUAUUUGUUUAUGACGUCCUAUUUAUACAAGAGUGAGACAGUAAGAUAUUUCCCCUUGAGUGAGAAAACGUCCUCACUCACACACGAUAACAUUGGCUGAAACCUGUGUCAAGAAAGUGGUUUUUGAUAUACGGGUUAGAAUUAGGGAGUCUUGUUGGUUUUCUUUACGUUAUGUCUGACUACGACGAUGUACAGCGGUCUCACCUACUACAGGAAGAGGGAAUAGAGCAGGUGACUGAUAACCAUGGAAAGAGACUCCCAGAAAACCCUACCCAUGACAAAGCGGUGAAAUUCAGUUACGAGAGCUUCCGUCAAGGGAUGGAGACCCUGGUGAUGAAGAAUGUACCCGGUAUAGAAGAAGAAAACGGUAACAAUGAGGAGGACGUCAGAGAAAACGACGACUCACAGAUCAUUCUUCGCAGGGGUAACGAUACUCUGGAAGCUCGCGCCACCAUCAAGCGCCUGGAGUUCAAGAGGAGUCGGAACUAUCGUCGAUCCCUGCAGUUCAUUGACGAUACUCCUGAUAGUCAGAUGGAUGAAGACUCCGGCAAUUUUUCACCUCAGACUGUUGGGAAGUUGGUAAGCGGCUCCAUCACCAGGUCGUUAUCGGAGGGGAAGCAGAAAGAGAAAGAGAGGGAGGAGAGCAAAGACGAAGAUAAAGACGAGGGUGAACUGGCGGUACCGGGAGGAGGAAAGUCACGCCGUCGAUACCGUAGUCGCUCCCUCUCCCAGUCCUCCACCGACUCCUACUCUACCUAUUUGAGUUCUGAUUGGUCUACUCCCUUUGUACGUAUGACCGCAGUGAGUUCUAUUGGUCUACUCCCUUGUAUUAAAGUUGAUCCCCUGAGCUCAUUUCUCGGAGGUAAUGGCAGAGGGUCAGCUUUAUUAGGCCUGAGCCUUGGGGAGUCUUCCAAAGAACUCUUAUCUCCUUCUACACUUAGACCUCAGAACUCUUAUCUCCUUGUACACUUGGACCCCCAGAACUCUUAUCUCUUCCAGACCUCAGAACUCAGAACUCUUAAGUCCACUUUACGGCCAAAAUUCUUGUCUCAUACCUACGUCAUGGAGGUUUCUAAUGAGAACGAGAGAUACUGGUUUCUGAAGAUCAAAUGUUGA